AGCUGAGGCAAGAACCAAGAGGAAAGGAAUCUAUCGCUGCAACGACGACGUUUUCAUCUGAAACCUUGUUAACGAGACGUGCGAUAUCACACAACACAAAACAAACUCAUUUCGCUCUCUCCGCCGAGCGUCUUGCGUCGAUUUCGGAAAAACCCUAUGGAGCUCCUCCGAUCAAACUUGUCUAGGGUUCAGAUCCCCGAGCCCACCCACCGCAUCUACAAGCACGAGUGCUGCCUCUCCUUCGACACUCCGAGAUCCGAAGGAGGUUUGUUCGUGGAUAUGAACAGCUUUCUCGCUUUUGGGAAAGACUACGUUUCUUGGAACUACGAGAAGACGCGAAACCCUGUGUAUCUGCACAUCAAGGAGACUCCCAAGUCUGUUCCUGAGGAUCGGCCUCUGAAGAAGCCGACUCUCCUCGCUAUAGGAGUGGAUGGGGGAUUUGACAACAAUGAGCCUGAGUAUAAAGAGUCUUAUAGCAUAGUCAUACUUCCAGAUUUUGUUUCACUUCCAUUCCCUUCUGUUGAGCUACCAGAGAAGGUGAGGAUUGCGGUUGAUACUGUAAUGAGUGCAGUUGGUGCUGAGAAGAGAGAGCAAGUUGCGGCUUGGACAGCUGAGGAAAAGAAAGUUAGUGAGCAUGCAUUGACGCUGCAGCAGAUCAAGAGCGGCGUUGUUAUUCCUCCCUCUGGUUGGAAAUGUUCCAAGUGUGAUAAGACGGAGAAUCUGUGGCUUAAUCUCACCGACGGGAUGAUUCUAUGUGGAAGGAAAAACUGGGAUGGGACUGGUGGAAACAACCAUGCAGUUGAGCAUUACAAGGAGACAAACUACCCUCUUGCUGUCAAGCUUGGAACUAUCACAGCUGACUUGGAAGCAGCAGAUGUUUAUUCCUAUCCGGAAGAUGACAGUGUUUUGGACCCGCACCUGGCUCAGCAUCUGGCCCAUUUUGGAAUCGACUUCUCCACGAUGCAGAAGACAGAAAUGACAACUGCUGAAAGAGAACUUGAUCAAAAUACGAAUUUUGAUUGGAAUCGUAUACAAGAGAGUGGAAAAGAAUUGGUACCAGUUUUUGGACCGGGAUAUACCGGACUUGUCAAUCUUGGGAACAGUUGCUACUUGGCAGCUACGAUGCAGAUUCUUUUCUCGACUCAUUCGUUUAUUUCAAGAUACUUUUCACAUCAGAGCUUAAAGUUGGCAUUUGAGAUGGCUCCGGCUGAUCCAACUUUGGACAUCAAUAUGCAAUUAACAAAGCUUGGACAUGGGUUAUUAUCUGGGAAGUACUCUAUUCCUGUGGCAGAGAAGGAUGUUGCAACUGGAGAUGUUAGACAAGAAGGAAUACCUCCUCGCAUGUUCAAAUCGGUGGUUGCUGCAGGACAUGCAGAAUUCUCUUCUAUGAGACAACAGGAUGCUCUUGACUUUUUCCUCCAUUUGCUAGACAAGGUUGAGCGUGGCAACAACAUGAGACCAGAUUUAGACCCUUCGAGGAGCUUCAAAUUUGGAGUAGAAGAAAAGAUCCUUUGUUCAUCUGGAAAGGUUUCAUAUAAUAAGAGGGAUGACUGUAUUCUUUCUUUGAACAUUCCAUUGCAGGAGGCAACUAAUAAAGAUGAACUAGAAGCCUUUAACAACCAGAAAGCAGACAAAGGACUGGAAGAAGAUAAUAUGUCAACUGAUGAAAUUGUACGUCCACGAGUUCCUUUAGAAGCUUGUCUAGCAACGUUUUCGUCACCUGAGCAGAUUCGUGAUUACUAUAGCACUGCUCUGAAAGGGAAGACAACAGCUAUCAAGACAACUAGUUUGACAUCUUUCCCAGAUUAUUUGGUGUUGCACAUGCGGAAGUUUGUUAUGGAGGCAGGCUGGGUGCCAAAGAAACUUGAUGUGUACAUUGAUGUUCCGGAUGUAAUUGAUAUCAGCCACAUGCGCAGCAAAGGGCUUCAGCCUGGCGAGGAACUAUUGGCAGACGAUGUUCCAGAAGAAGCGAUGGAAUCAGCACAGCCUGUGGCAAAUGAAGAGAUAGUUGCACAACUUGUCUCAAUGGGAUUCAGCCAGCUUCACUGCCAGAAAGCCGCCAUAAAUACUUCUAAUACUGGGGUGGAAGAGGCGAUGACCUGGUUGCUUUCUCACAUGGAUGAUCCAGAUAUCGACGCACCAAUCUCCCAUCAGAAAUCUGACGUUGAUCAAUCAAGCGUUGAUACCUUGAUCUCAUUUGGUUUUGCUGAAGAGGUUGCUCGAAAGGCACUCAAAGCCUCGGGAGGAGACAUUGAGAAAGCAACAGAUUGGAUAUUCAACAACCCUAAUGCAUCUCUCUCGGACAUGGACGUUUCCUCAAGCAGUUCAGCAUUGACUCCAGCUGAAAGUGCAUUACCAGACGGAGGAGGGAGAUACAAGUUGUUUGGGAUAGUAAGUCACAUGGGAACAUCAACACACUGUGGUCACUAUGUGGCGCACAUAUUGAAAGAAGGCCGUUGGGUGAUCUUCAAUGACAGCAAAGUAGGUAUCUCGACAAAUCCUCCUAAAGACAUGGGUUACCUCUACUUCUUUCAGCGUCUGGACAAUUGAUAUGGGAGAGACCGAGAGUGUUGACUUCCAUGGAUGGAGCCAGUAAAAGAAAAGACAGAAACUAGCCCCUUCUUUCUAUAGAAACUUUAGGGUCUCUAGGGUUUUAAGAAUCAAGCAGACAAAUGAAUAAGAAGAGGUCCUUCGGAAUUUGACAACUCCCUAUAUACAUGAGAAAAGUCGAAUAAAUGUACAAAAGAGAAAAGAUAUAAAUCUAAACAAAGUCUGGGAAUUAACAAGUU